UUAAACUGAAGAAGCAUUUGUCCUAAUUUCCGAAAGUACCCUCCGAUCAACCAUUGAGUUUACCAAAACAAGACUCUGAAUUCUCGGCAUCCCAUCGUACGCCGUAUAUAUAACAAAAAGCUUUGGCCUUACCGUUAACAAUAAACCAAAAAACAAAAAAAAAAAACCACAGCCGGUAAAAGUUUCCGGCGAGUAAAUCUUCAAGUCUAGAGAUAAGAGAUUGAUUGAUUUAAAGAAGACGAGAGUGCACCGAUCAAUGGUAUAACGCGGUGAGAUGUGGACAGCGACACCGACGACGACGAGAACAGAGCGACCGAAGAGUCUCCACAAUUUCACGCUCCCGAGCUUGAAGUGGGGGAGUCAGCGUCAUCUCAAGUGCUCCAGGAUGGAAUCUUCGAGAAGCGGUUCCGGCGGGAAGAAGAAGGGAUCGAGGAGUUCAGGGUAAAGAUCAUGUCGGAUCUGAAGACAGUGAGGGAUAAGAUCACACAAUCGAUGUUUAUGAAAGAAGAGCAUGGAAUCUAAGGAAAAACGUAAGACCGACGUUGAGAAGGUUUCUCCGGUGAAGCUUUCGAGGAAGGAGAUCGAGGAGGAUUUCAUUGUGGCUCUUGGUCACCGACCACCGCGCCGGCCAAAGAAGCGGCCAAGAACCGUUCAGAAGAAGCUCGAUAGCUUGCAUCCUGGGUUUUAUCUGACUGAUGUGACGCUUGAUUCAUAUAAAGUCCCACAAGAAACUAAGUUCCUCACUCGAAUUCCGAGCAGUACGAGGAAGAGUUUUUGGAGAGUGCUCGGGUGGUUGCGUCUCGGAAACAAGAUCAUUGGGAUAACUUCUCCUUCAGUAGGAUCCGUGAGUCGACUGGUCGGAUCAGACAACGUAAGUCUUUUUGUCCUUCCUCUCUUUUACUCGGCCUUUUUAGGGGAUCCUAACUCAUUUCCACUUCGUCUUGCAGAGGUUUGGCGUUCGGACACGAUUCCCAUCAUCACUAAGAGGUCAAAGAGGAUUAACUUGUUCAACAAGGACAAACAAAAGGAAAUAAACCGAGCAAGAACCAUGAGGGAGUUGCCGGAUUUGAGCUUGGACGUCGGGAAGCAGCUCGGGUUCGGGGAGCCGGAUCAAACUGCUAAUGCAGACUUACCCGAUCUGGGGGAUCCAAACGUUACUGAGUCAGAUUUCGAGGCUCAGCUCGUGAGGAAGAAGAGCAAUAAGAAGAAGAAGAGAGAGGAGACCGCAGCUUCCGAGGAGAAGCAGUCUGAGGAGACUUCCGCAGGCGGGGAUGCCAGGCCGGAGAAGAAACGGGCGCGAAAGGAUCCCGUCGAGGUUCGAUCUUCCUCCGUGGAGGAAGGGGAACUCCAAGCCUUGGAGCCGAGUGGCGGUUCCCAAGACAACGCUGUUCCGGAUCCUUCUCUUGGUGGCGACCAAGCAGAGGAUGGCCAGGAGACUUCUUCGAAGGCGAACAAAAAGAAGAAGUCGAAGAAGAGCAAGAAGAAGGGGACCGGCGAAUCCUCGGAGCAGGAGGCGGCGCCAGAUGCGGAGCAAGGAACCUCAGAACUUCCGACUGCUGCUACUUCUCCUGAAAAGGCAGCAGCGCGCGACGAUGCAGGAGGAUCGAGCAAAUCGCCCCCGAGAGCUCCGCAGGAGAAGGGAGUCAUGCCGAAGAACCUUCAGGGGUUUUGUCCAGAUAAAGUCGACUUCAUCUACAAGCGUGAUACUCCCCUUGUUUGUAGCAACAAGGAGUGCGCUCGCUUUGUCCGCCAGGUUCGAGGGAGUUCCGAUCAUCUCCCGCUCGUAAAGGACCUUGUCUUCCAAGACGACUACUGUGUCGCCGCCGGCUCUUCGGUCAGGAGCCAAGGGGAUUGGAACGUAGUCGUCGGUAAGUACGACAAGGAGUUGAAGAGGACCUAUGGCAUGAUCGAUAGGCAGAGACGCAACAGCAAUGAAGCGACUCGCGCCUUAGAGGACAUGUUGCGCAAGAAAAACGGGGUGGUUAUUCGGGAGGAGGCCAUCAAGGACGAGCUCUUCUAGAAGGAGGCAUCCAUGAACAAGGAGCUGAAGCGAGCCCGGGAGUUGGUCAAGACACUCGAGAAGAAGAAAACCAAGUUGGCGAACGAGAAGGAGACCCUCGAGAAGGAGAAGGCCGCCGCUGCCUUGGAGCAUUCCAAAAAGAUGGACCAUCUCCGAGAAUCGCGUCGCUAUGAGGUUACUCACGAGCGGAUCCGAGUGAUGGCCGCGAUGCAUGGAAAGGCGGCUGCUCGUUUCCAGAGGAUUCGGGACUGGGAGACUCGUUGAUGCACCCAAAAUCGAGCACCGUCCUGUUUGGUUCAUGGACACGACCCAAGGUGGUGACCUUGUCGACCAGCUAGACCUAGCCGAGGUUUUCUCAUCAGAUUAUGCAAUCUUGGAUAAGCUGAAUACUCAAGUGAGCUGGACUGACACUAUCAUGGACGAGCUGAGCUGGAAUAACACUCAUCGAGCUGAGUAAGUUGGUUCGACCUUCUGAGCUGGAUCGACCAUCAAACCACCCGAGAAGCAACACAGAUAUAUGUUCAUUGUUCGAAGCAUAUCUUCUAAACCAUGAUGUUUCUUCACUUGAAACCACAUGGAGAAUGUGCUCAAUUCAAUUAUGGAACUCCACGAAGAAGAAUCAGAUCAAACGGAGUUCAGAUGAGGGAGUUAUGCCAUAUAUAACUCAGUUGAUGUUCAGUUCUCGCGAAUUCAGACAUGUGUGGAUCGUCCCGCGUGUAUCCGUAUCCUUCCCAGCAUGGUGUGUACGACCAGCAUGAACCUGGACAUCUUUCUGAAUCUUGACUAGUCAACAUCUGAGACCGCGCAUUGACCAGUCUUCCUUGUUUUCCACACUUUGACUAGAUCUAGUCAAAUUUGUGUUUUCUAUGCAUUGUUUUCUGCACUUUCUUUUAUUUCUCUUUGACUCAAAGUACUAUAAAAUGUAAUCUUUGAUCAUUGCAAUAACAUCAACGAAAUUUCUUCUUUUAUUUGAGUUUUUACUCUUUGUUCUUUGUCAAGAACACUUUUAGUUUCUUUGGUGUGGUUAGCUCCAAACAAACGCCUCUUUCUAGUUGGACCGGUGCGUCAUAUCCGGCAACUGAUCGAGUUUGCUUCCUUGUCGGACCUGUGAGUCAUAUCAGGCGACAUUCAAGCACCCAGACAGUAUCAUUGGGUCAUUCCGCAACCCUUUGUGUCGUCAUUCAAUCCAUCAGUUCUCUUCGGAGUUCAUAUCUUUCAUACCGGUCGAGUGAUCAGAUUUAGGGUGUAUCAAGUGGUAUCAGAGCCACUCUUCCGGUAACUCUUUAUCAUUCCAUCUUCUCAUCUCUCCAUAUUCUUCUAAACACUUCUUCUUCUACCUUCCUUGAACCCGGGCCCCUCAUUACCCACCAUAGUUAAAAAAAAAAAAGAUCUAAGUUUAUGCUGUAAAAAAAAAAAAAAAAAAAGUUAUAAAAAAAAAAGAAA